CUGACUUUGAUCGACCAAAUUUGAUUCGAAUUAGGUCUUUACUUGGUCGCCGAUAACCGAUGCACUGGAAUCGCAAUCAGGAGGAAAGCAGGUUCUCGAGCUGACGACGGUAUUCUAGGGAGUGACGCUGCAAAUGGAUGGUGGGCCGGGUGCUUUCAAUCCGCGAACGGCGGAGGAGGUUUUUAGGGAUUUUAGGGGCAGGAGGGCCGGGAUGAUCAAGGCUCUCACUACUGAGGUGGAGAAGUUUUACCAGCUCUGCGAUCCUGAGAAGGAUAACUUAUGUCUGUAUGGGUUUCCUACGGAGACUUGGGAAGUAAAUUUACCUGCUGAGGAAGUCCCUCCGGAGCUUCCUGAGCCUGCUUUGGGUAUAAAUUUUGCCAGGGAUGGCAUGGAUGAGAAGGACUGGCUGUCACUUGUUGCAGUGCACAGCGAUGCAUGGUUAUUGGCUGUUGCAUUCUAUUUUGGCGCACGCUUUGGAUUUGACAAAGAAGCAAGGAAGAGGCUGUUUAACAUGAUUAACAGCCUUCCCACCAUAUUUGAAGUUGUUACAGGAACUGUUAAAAAACAGUCUAAAGAAAAAACUCCUAAUGGCAACAGCAAGAGCAACAAAUCUAACUCAAAGCCCACCUCUCAGACAAAGGCCAUGAAGGUGGAUCUCCCAAAAGACGACGACGAGAGCGAAGAAGAAGAAGAAGAAGAGGAUGACGAACAUGGGAAUACUUUGUGUGGCGCCUGCGGCGACAACUAUGCGAACGACGAGUUCUGGAUAUGCUGCGAUGUCUGCGAGAGAUGGUUUCACGGGAAAUGUGUGAGGAUCACGCCGGCGAGAGCAGAGCACAUCAAGCAGUACAAGUGCCCUGCUUGUAGCAACAAGAGGGCGAGGGCAUGAUGGAAGUUUAGUUUAGUUUUAGGUUUUGGGGGUUUAGAGCUCUGAUGAUGUAUGAACCAUUGCAGUUGCAGUUUGGACUUCUGAUUAUUGCUGUGCUUGGGCAUGUUAAUGAUUAUUGGUCUCUUCUGUGCUGAAAGCUUGUACUUUGUUGUUAGUCUUUUUAUUUCAUUCUGGAUUUAUCUUGGUU